CUCAAACUCUAUAAAAAUUGACUUUCAUAAAAAAUGAAAGUAAACAUUUACUAAUGCCAUGUGACAUUUUGACAUUAAAGCUCUAAGAACGCCUUAGUUUCUUAUUCUAGCAACUGAGCACAGUGGUUAAUAAUGUUCUUUAAUGUCGAGUAAUGUGUUAUAAAUAACAGCCUUCAAAGUCUAAAUGGAAUGGAGUAAUUGUUACCAAAAGUGAAAUAUAUUCAAUAUUUAAUGUGCGGAAUUUAUUAGUACAAAUGGAUGGAUUCCUACAAAAUCCACAAUUUCAAAUUAAGUUGUCUGAACUACUUGAUCAAGAUUGGUUUAAGAUUGGUAUUUCCUUAAAAGUCGAAGAGCAUAGUUUAAAAUCAAUAAAAAGUGAUUUUGCAAAUUUUCCAAAACAAGAAGACAAAGCAUAUGAAAUGAUAAAAAAAUGGUUCAAUUUUGAUAAAAAUCCGACGUUUGAAAAGUUAAAACAUGCCAUUUUAGAUAUUCCAAAACACGAUUUAUUGAUGGAGGUGGAGGAUCUUGCAAGUCGGUUUUUCACAAUGCCUUCAUAUUUAUCAGAAGGUGCUUCUAAUACAGAGAUUUCAAGUUUACCAAACAAAGAUUCCACUGUUUCUUCCAAUAAAGGAAUUUAUGUGAGGUUACAUAUUCAAGUGUUUUGGAGUUGAUGGAAACAAUUGGUGGUGGGCGUGUGUUGAGUUUGUUACUAGGGUUGCUAUUUUCAGCUACAAAAUUUGAUUCAAGUCAAGAAAAAGACGAUGAUAAGUCAUAAAGUUUUCACGAAAAUAAAAAGGCUUGAUACGUAAUUUAUUCACGAACUUUAUCAGACAAUGUAUUAAAAAACUGAUUCAUUAUUUACGCUUGACAAAUUUGGUUAAACUUUUUCAUUUAAUUUAGUUUUUACAAAGGUUUAUGCAAAGGCAAUGACUUUAUUCCCUAAUACUUAGACAAGAAAAUAAAUUGCUGCUUUAAUUAUUAAAUAUAUUAUUUGAGAUUUUAAACAUAACAAAAUUUUAAUGUGAAAAAA